AGUCAUUCCAAGUCACAACAUAAAGUGUCACGUAAAUUCCAUUUUCAAUUCUCACUGUAGAAACAUUCCACAAUUACAAAACACAACAGAGACAAAAGAAAUAAUAAUAAUAAAAAUUCGAGGCCGAAUCUCAUGAAGUUCUUCAGAGAAUUCGGGUCGUUUUGUGGUGCUGCCACCAUGGCAGCUGAGCCUGCAGCCGCUCCUCUGCCACAGAAAGACGUGGCAGCGCCAGGGAAAAGCCAGGCGUCUUCUCGGAGGAGCAGCCGGCCAACGAAACCAAACUCGACGGCGAACUGGAAACCGAAACUUUCGAUGAUUUCAGAGGACGGCGUCGUUGUCUCAGACAAUAAUGAUAGGAGAAAGACUAAAAACACGGUUAGGUGUCAGAAGAAAGCGUCCGAGAAAUCAAGAUCAUCGGCUACCGCUAGGUCUCCCAGCCACCACAAUGAUUACGGGUAUGAUUCGGUGGCGCUUCCUGUGUUCUCGCCGACGCCAUACUUAUUUUGAUUUGAAUCGAUGCUGCUUCUUCUUCGUUUGAUACAGAUAGUCGGUCGAAAAUUCCAAAUCUUUAUGUUUGAAUGGCUGAUGAAUAGAUUGGUUGGUAUUUGAAUAGACUAUAUAAUCUUUUACAAGUAUUAUUUUGAUCCCAGUUGAAGCAAAAAUAUAGUAUUUCUACAUGCUACAUUUUUUAUGCAAUCUUUUUGGUUGAGUUC